AUGGGGGACCUUAUAGCAUCUCGACCCAUCGAGCCUGCAGCUCUGGGUCUGGCCCCUGAACAGCUGCAUCUGAGCCAUCUGCUUCUGUACAACCGGGUUUUUGACACCCUACAAAAUGCCAAAGCAGCAUCCAUGUGUUCCCAGUACAGGUACAAGUGGAGCAUCUUGCAGACCUGGAGAGAACCGUCCUUCUCGGCCCACGAGUGGCACUGGGUGGAGCAGAGAGCCAAGGUGGGCAGUCGAUGGGUGUGGCUACAGGCACAGGUGUCUGACCUGGAGUACCGUAUCCGGCAGCAAACUGAACUUUACAGACACAUCCGUACCAACAAGGUGCCGGUGGUUCUGUGUGAAGCCCCCUCUCUGGAGUCCUUGUUGAGAGAACCCUCUCACUUGGGGCCAGGGCAAACCCCUGUCUCCCCGUCCCCCUCUGCUUCCUCCCUGCUCAGCCCUGCUCAGCUCUUGCACAACCUCUGCCACCAGAGCUCUCGUGUGGCCCAGUCUCUGGGCAGUGUGCUGUCCCCCUCCAGCUCCUCAGGGUCCCCUUUCAACUCUCCGGGAGUGCUCAAUGGCUCCCUCCACAGCUCUGAGGUAUGUGACAGCUCUCUGGAGGCUCUCUGGAAGAGACAACGGGUGGACUGUCUGAGUGCCCCGGCUGCCCCACUGGACAGCAGCUGUGUGGCAGCCCGGGUUCGACCGCUGCAGCGCCACCAGAGACGCAGGCUGGUACGCAUCGGCGGGGCACCCUACGUGCGAGCCAAGCCUCUGAUGCUACGCUGUAGCUGUGAGCUGUCCUCCUCCUGUAUUCUGUGUGGUGGCCGCCGCCUCCCCACUCAGACCCCCGACCACAGCGGCUGCACUAUGGAGGAGCGUGGGGCUGCACUGGAGCCCUCAUUCCACCCCAUCCUCUCAUUCUCACACGAUCUUCCUCUUCACCUACUCGUAGAAGGCAAGCUGCAGGAUGCAGGUCAGUCUCUGAGCCCUCACUGGCUGAAGGGGGGCAGGGCCACCCCGGGACCACACAGGCACCUCCAGCAGGAGUCGGGCCCCACACUGCACAGGAUGAAGGAGGAGACACAGGGGCCUCACAGGGUCAAAGCUCUGCGGCUCUCCCAGAUCAAGAGGAAACUCACAGACACCUCCAAGAACGCCUGCCACAAGCUGGCCUCUUCACUGCUCUCCUCUGCCAAAUAUGGUCACAGUAAAAGCAGUUCUGAGCGGUUACUCAAGCAUCGCUUAGAGAGCUGGCAGACUGCUCCCAACUUCCAGACUAUUCCCACAUUGGAGAAGAGCCGAUCCCAAAUCAGGAAACUUCAUUCCACCCUCCGACCUCACGGCUGUGCGAGUCGAGGCGAGAAGCUGCAGAGGGGCGCAGGCAGCCCCAGUCUCUACAUUCCCAAAACCUGUCCCGAGGCCCAGUCCCAGACCACAGUAAUCCCGGCCAAUGACCCCACACUGACUGGCUCUCUCACCACCACCACCCCACAGCAACCAAGCCGGCGUCGGAGAGGGGAGAGCUCGUUCGACAUCAAUAACAUCGUCAUCCCCAUGUCCAUGGCACUAGGAGCCAGAGUGGAGAAGCUGCAGUACAAGGAGAUCCUCACGCCCAGCUGGCGUCACCUAGACCCGGAGGUGCUCCAGCCUGUCGACUUUACAAGCUCCGAGCGAGAGGAAGAAGAGGCGGAGGAGGCGGACACGUCGGACGAGACCUACCUGAGCCGACACUCUCAGUGGGAGGAGAGGGAGAGGUCUCGCUGGGGCAGCUGGGCCCCAAGCUCCACACAGCGCAGAGUGGGCCGGCCAUCUAACAAAGGAGAUGGCAGACUGACGCCCCAGCCUCCUCUGCAGUCAAAGCUGGGUCUCUGCCACCUGCCAUCCCCCCCGAGCGGCAGACUGAUCCCCCCAGCCUCAGGAGCAAAACCUAUUUGUGGACACACAGCCCCCCCGAGACUGGGACCAGGCGGGGCGAGUGCUCUCUCAGUGUCAGUGAGGGUCUCCUUCAGCUCUGGACCCACACCUGGCCCUGGCGGGCGAGUGCUCUCCUUCAGUGAGGACACCACCUCCUCCCUGCCUGACGAUGAGCUGCUGACGGUGCUGCCCUGGGAGCCACGCUGCUUCCCCCUGUCGGACGGUGAUCUGCAGCUGCUGCAGCAGAGCCCUGAGGAUGAGGAGGAGGCCUUCCAGCAGAUCCGAUGGCCCCCAGGGACAGGCCGGAACAGCUCAGUAGCCACAGGGAGCCCCAGCACGCAGGGCAUUCGGACUGAGAGCACCGACUCUGGGAUAUCCCUGGGCAGCAUGGAGCUCACUCCCACCUCCCUGACCCCCCAGGUCUCUCACUAUAGCCUGGACUCGGAUGCCUUCCCUCCUCCCUUGCACAGACUUGCACCCAUCUCCCUGCACCACCCAGCUCCUCACUGCAGCCUGGAAAUGGACACACUCCCUCACCCGUCUCACAGACUCGCCCCCAUUUCUCUGCAGCCCCCUCUGUCACACAGUAAGCACGGCAAUCCCUUGCCUACCUCCCAGCACCCCCUCUUCAGUUCCGUGCUCCAUCUCACACACUGUAGUCCCUCUAACACAGAUGACAUCAGGACGUCUGAAACCGCAGCCAGUAAAAUGUAUGAGCCUUAGUCUGCUAGUGCAGAUAUAACCAAGGGAUUGCUCCUGUAUUUAAACAAAACAAAAGAAACAAAACAUGCUGUUCCGGUUGCUUUUUACGUUUGAUAUUCAAACAUCUAUAGUUCUGAGGCAAAAACACCUUAAGGUACACAUUAAACUAUCUGUCUCUUAAUCUAUCUAACCUACCCCACACCACACCCACCCCACCCCUACACAAUACCUUUUGUAUGUUCUUUCUUUCUUUCUUUCUUUCUUUGUUUCUUUCUUUAAUUUAACAUCAAACUUCUGGUGCAACAGUUCUGUCAAACAAAAUGGCUCUCAACAGUUCUGCAGUUUUAAAGGUUUCAUCCAGGUAGACCAAAAGUUUAACAACUUGUGUGGAACAAGAUUAUCUCUGGGAAUAUAUUUCUGUGCCACUAGUAUCACUAGCACACUCAUCUAUCACCUUCGUCUAACAGUUUAUAAUCUCAUGUAUGCGCCUCUUAUCAGAUUCAACUAGUGAAUCUGAACAAACCUGAAGCAGGUGCUGUGGGGGAGUCAGACUGGUUUGUCCUGAAGUGUUUUGUGCCUGGGUUCUUUUUUUCUAUUCUGGUACAGUACUGUUGUACAACUGGUGCUUUAAUGUUGUCUGCAGAAGUAAAACUGCAAAGUGGAAGCCAGUGAAACCAUCCUUCAGUACAAAGUUAUGACAAGCUGCUGAAAGAAAAAUUAUUGCUGGCAAAGAGUAGUAGUGAGCAGGAGUGUGUUUUGAGGAUGUAAUCUGCUUAACAUUGCUUUAUUACAAUAAGUGUUAUUUCUGUUAGUUAUCUACACAGAAUAGGUAACCAUGAAGCUUAUUCAGAUGGCAUUACUGUCUGCUCCCUCUAUAGUAAUCAGUACAGACUGUUCACACUACAUAUUCUUUUUAUUUGCAUAGUAUUUUCCAAAACACCAGAAUUAGGCUUUCUCUACUCCUCCAUCCCCUUUCAACAAAGCAGAAAGUACUCCAUUUUAGAUUUGUUUUGAGGUUAAAUGACUAAAUUGUAGAACUGAUCUGCUUGGCUAAUUUACCCUUGCAAUGAUUUAUUAGAUUUUUGUAGAUUUAAGGGGAUGGGGUUUGCUGCAGGUAAAUUAAAUACCUUGUAAGUAAUCCUUACAAUGACCACCCUGCCACUGCAUAAUCCUAUAACCUCGGAGUCUUACUGUGGCAGCGAGUUAGUUCCACUGGGAGAGAUACGGUCUGCAUUCCUUUAUAACUACCCAAGGUACAUUUGACUUGUUUAAUGUGGAAAUGUGUUUAAAAAAUAUAAAUAAACCAGCUUUAAAACACCUGUUCCUUAGCACUUUUCAGUUUGCGGGAGAUGCUGUCUGUCUGUCUGUCUGUCUCUUUGUGUCAGUUCAUACUGGUCCUGUCGGAGUUUGGAAAGCAGCUGCUCAGGUCCUGCCCUUCAGAGUGGGGUUGGGGAUUACCUUUGUAAAUUGUAUUUAUAAAAUAUACCACCAAAAAAAAAAAAGUCAUUAUA